AUGAACAUUGAUGGGCACACUUGCAACGAGAUAGUGAUUCUUGCUGACGAAUAUUAUCAAAUAUACGUUUUCUACGACUCCUGCAUGCAGCCCAUGGACAAUGUCUCAUGUAGAGAGAGGAGUUUUUGUGGGGAAGAGGUGUGCAUCUGCAACGGGCUGGAUGCAGGCUGGGAUUCAAAGGAGCCGUUUCUGCUAUACGAGGAUGGCUGCUCCAUUCCCCCUACAACUACUAGAGCGUUCAAUACAACGACCGCAAUGACGACUGAACUGACAACGACUUCUUUGUCGACUACUUCGCUUCACAGCACCGUUAUGACCACUACGACGACAACAACGCGAAGCUCCUUCAAACCGACAACUACUACUUAUUCGCUGACAACUACAACGCCAAGCUCCUUCAAACCGACAACUACUACUUAUUCGCUGACAACUACAACGCCAAGCUCCUUCAAACCGACAACUACUACUUAUUCGCUGACAACUACAACGCCAAGCUCCUUCAAACCGACAACUACUACUUAUUCACUGACAACUACAACGCCAUUAGACGACACAUUAAAACACCUAAGUGAGGCAAGUUGA